GUGAAGUUUAGCCUAGCAGGAAACACCGAGGCUACCACCGCAGCGGUGGAAAAAGAAAGCAGCGGUCCCAAUUUUAGUUUUUUACCCGGGGCUCAGUCGUGAUAUUUCCUCGGCAAAUACUGUCGCUUGGAUCCUGGGAGUACUCGCAAACGGUCUGGACACAUUUCCCCCGACUUUAUAUGAGGAUAGCGCUCGUAGCCAACUAAAUCAGCAGACACUGGCCGGAGGAGGAAUCUUAUCCAGCGGCUGUAAACGGUGUACAUCGGCUGAGCAACGGCUGUUUUGAAUCAGUGUGUGUCAGUGGGCCCGCAGGCUCCACGCCGGUGCUGAGACAGUAUGAAGAGGUUCAGGAGACACGGCCAUGAGUCCCAGAGAGACCGACUCAAACAGGAACUCUUCCAGUUCAACAAGACUGUGGAGCAUGGAUUCCCCCACCAGCCCAGCGCUCUGGGCUACAGUCCCUCUCUGCAGCUGCUGGCCAUUGGCACCCGCUCCGGGGCCAUCAAACUGUAUGGAGCUCCAGGUGUGGAGUUCAUGGGUCUCCAUGAUGAGAAUGCUGCCGUCACACAGGUGCACUUCCUCCCCCACCAGGUUGAACUGGUGACUCUGCUGGAUGACAACAGUCUGCACAUGUGGACUUUAAGAGCUCACAAGGGACUUUCUGAACUGCUGGAGAUAGGACGCUUCACACUCACUGGACCGCCUGGAGCACCUCCAAGUGUGACCAGAGUGACAGCAGUGCUGGCUCACUCCUCAGGGGAGCUGCUGCUGCUGGGGACAGAAGGAGGGCAUGUCUUUAUAGUUGAAGUCCCAGGUUUCCGAGAGCUGGAAGAGAGGAACAUUAGUCUUGACCAAGUGGCCAGCAGCGUCCCAGACGACUACAUUGGCCGCAGGAAUCUGGAACAUGUAGAGGCCUUACAGGAGAACCCAGUCAACCCAAACCAGGUAGUUAUCGGCUACGGACGAGGUCUCAUGGUCAUCUGGGAUCUAGAGAAACAGCGCGCCAUCCAGCACAUCCCCGCCACACAGCAACUGGAGAGCGUGUGGUGGACAGAGGACGGAGCCUACAUUCUCAGUUCACACAGUGAUGGAAGUUACUGUCGAUGGAUGGUGAAUGGCAACGAUGUGAACGAGGAGGAGGAGGAGAAAUCAGACAUCCCCUAUGGACAUUUCCCCUGCAAGGCCAUUUCUAAAAUAGUUCAGCUACCUACAGAAGAAGGGCCUCCGUUCCUCCUCUUCAGCGGUGGUAUGCCCAGAGCCAGCUAUGGGGACAGACACUGUAUCACAGUGAUUCACGGUAAAACACACGUGGCUCUGGACUUCACCUCCAGGAUCAUCGAUUUCUUCGCCAUCAGAGACGGACCACAGCACACAGAAGAUCCCAGUGCGCUGGUGGUCCUAGUUGAGGAGGAGCUGGUCGUGAUUGACCUGCAAACAGAAGGCUGGCCAGUCAUUCAGACACCUUAUCUGGUUCCCCUCCACAGCUCAGCCAUCACCUGCUCCCACCAUGUUUCUGCCAUUCCCCUCAAACUGUGGGAGAGGGUCCUCGCUGCUGGAGACCUGCAGAACACACACUACUCCAAAAAGCCAUGGCCAAUAACAGGAGGACAGAACCUGGCCCCAGACCCUCCACAGAGAGACCUGCUACUCACAGGGCACGAGGAUGGGACAGUGCGUUUCUGGGAUGCAUCAGGAGUCUGUCUGUAUCCUAUGUAUAAGUUAAGCACAGCUGGAGUCUUCCACACAGACGCUGAUCAGAACGAUAACAUGAACCAAGGCACUGAAGGAGAGUGGCCGCCAUUCAGAAAGGUCGGCUGUUUUGACCCCUACAGUGAUGACCCAAGGCUUGGCAUUCAGAAGAUCCACCUUUGUAAAUACAGUGGUUAUCUGACUGUAGCUGGCACUGCUGGACAGAUCCUGGUGCUGGAACUGAAUGAUGAGGCAGCAGAGCAGACGGUUGAAGCCAAAGUUGUGGAUUUGCUGCAGGGCCAAGAGGGCUUCCGCUGGAAGGGUCACACUCAGCUGGAUGUGCGAGAGGAGCCAGUGCUGUUUCCUCCAGGCUUCCAGCCCUUUGCUCUGGUCCAGUGCCAGCCUCCUGCUGUGGUCACCGCCCUCACCCUGCACUCAGAGUGGAAGCUGGUAGCUUUUGGCACCAGCCACGGCUUUGGCCUGUACGAUUACCAACAGAAGAACAACGUCUUUGUCAAAUGCACCCUAAACCCCAGUGAUCAGCUGGCAUUGGAGGGUCCUCUGUCCAGGGUGAAGAGCAUAAAGAAAUCCCUCAGACAGUCCUUCAGGAGAAUCAGACGCAGCAGAGUCUCGCUGAGGAAACACCACGUCAACAACGCCGCCAAGCUCCAGGAGGCGAACGCUCGUUUGGAGGCUGAACUUGCAGAGAUGGAGCUGGCUCCUGUUCAGAGGAAGAUCGAGGCUCGCUCCUCCGAUGACUCAUUCACCGGUCUUGUGCGGACAAUCUACUUCGCCGACACCUUCCUCUCAGACAGUUCACACAACACACCCUCCCUAUGGGCAGGGACCAAUGGUGGCUGUGUGUUUGCAUACAUGCUCCGCCUUCCUCCUGUAGAGCACAGAGCGGACGAACCAGUCACUGCACAUCAGGCUAAGGAGAUCCAGCUCAUGCACCGGGCUCCUGUUGUUGGUAUCGUGGUGCUGGACGGUCACGGGGCUCCUCUACCUGAGCCCCUUGAGGUGGCCCACGACCUGGCUCGCUCACCUGACAUGCAUGGCUCACACCACCUCCUGGUCAUAUCUGAGGAGCAGUUUAAGGUUUUCACCCUACCAAAGGUGAGCGCUAAGAUGAAACUGAAGCUGACAGCCAUGGACGGCUCCAGAGUGCGGAGGGUUGGUGUGGCCUGGUUUGGCAGCAGUCGGUCGGAGGACUAUGGUGAGAGCGGCCUAUUGGUUCUGACCAAUCAGGGCGACGUUCAUGUGGUGUCUCUGCCGACAGUCAAGAUGCAGGUUCACUACCCCUGCAUACGCCGAGAGGACGUUAGCGGCAUCGCUUCCUGUGUUUUCACCAAACAUGGCCAGGGCUUCUACUUGAUCUCUCCAUCCGAGUUUGAGCGCUUCUCUCUGUCCACACGCCAACUGGUGGAGCCUCGUUGUCUGGUGGAGGUUCCGCUUCAUUCACCCACCCAACACAGGCCACAUGCUGAUGGAGCUUCCUCUGCGUAUAGAAAUGCCAGACAGGACAGUGAGGAUGCAGAAAGUGCAGCUAGACGUGUUAUGGAGCAUGCUUUGCUGAAUGACGAGAAAGUACUUCAAGAGAUCCAGAAGUCACUAGAAGGAGACCAGACGUCAUUCGUGGAGAACAAUGUGAAGAGUGCUGUAGCUUGAGAGACAUCUCUGGACAGUUGAGAGUGAACUGACAUGUUGAUGUGUAUGAAGCGUACUGCAGUCCUGUAGCAGCACUCGCCUCCUGCUCGGCUGUCACAACCACUACUGACCCCCGACCCCUCGCCUCAGUGACUGACCUCCCCACUCUCAGCUCACAACGACCCCUGGUGGAGAGACACCAAAUGGCUCCUGGCAGUCGUGCUUCACGAGCACCACAAGAAUGCUGUUUGAAGGCUCACUCACGGUGCAGACGGAGGCUGAAGGAAGAGACACCACCUGUGCCUAAAGACCACACGCUGUACACACAUGAUCACAGCAUGGUCACAACCAUUUAACCCAAAGCUACAUGAAGCACAUUCCUCACAUGUGACCAAUGCCAUAAUUCAUCACAUCAAGAUCAACGCCAGCAUCAAACCAGCAUCUCACAUCUGCCAUAGAUGCCACUUACUGAAGCUGUGUGACUUCACAAUCAUACCCACUUCACUCUGAAAGCCUUUAUCACCGCCACCAGCCUUUUCAUGUGGACUCUGCCAGUGGAAACGGUUCGUCCAAUCACCACGCUCUCUGCUGUGCAAUCUCACUGGCCUUCCUCUCCCCAAAUGGACAUAGAGCUGGAAGGACCGUGGGGGAUGGUUUGGAUAAUGUUGAUGAAAAUAUUUUACAGGAUACAUUUUAUGUGAUUUGUGCCUGAUUUUUUUUAAUUUGAAGAAUUUUCAGAUUUAUACUAUGGAAGCCCAUUUCUGCCAGGAAAAGAAAAAACAGAUAGGAUGGGAAUGAUAAUAAAUGACUUGCAGUGAAUCAACAUUAUGUGAGAAGUCAAUAUUAUGAGAUACUAGGCAAAUAAUUGUCAUCAAAAUAGUGAGACAGUAAAUCAAGAAUCUGGACAGUCUCACUAGUGUCAUCAUUUUUACUUGAGAGCCAUAAUUUUACUUAAAGGGAUUGAUCAGAUUGUUUGAGGUGGGAUUGUUCGGGGAUACUUAGCCAUAGACAAUAUAUUACAUACAGUAGAUGUCAGUUGGCACGCUUCCAGUUUGGAGAAGCAGGCUGGAGUCAAACAUGGAAGCUAAGCAUUGUACUGCUGUGGAGGGGUCAGCAACAAAAUGUAUUUUAAGUCCCACCUUGAAAAAAUCAAUAUCAGUUUAACUGUGCGCUAUAUUUAGAGUGUUUUCACUGCUUUACCUUUCUGUCAGACAGAAAUUUCGACAGGAAAAUGAAGCCAUUAUAUCACUCUCUUCAAAACCAGACUCCUUUGAGAAAAACAUUGAUUUAAUUUUCUACAUCAGUUCACUCAUUUGUUUCAUUGUUUGACGUUGGAAUUUAAAAGGGUUAGUUCAGAUUCACCAAUGUCACACAAUAACACAAAUUAAGUAACUGAUCAAAGCAGCAUUAGACCAGCAGCUCCUGUGAACAGAGCUAAAAUUACUGUUUUUGUCAAUGGAGUCUGGUGGCUUUGACAAGAGCAUAGAUGGGGAACUGAAGCCUUAGUGGCUUCCCCCGUCAGAAAGGGCUGUCUGACAGAAAGGUAAAGCAACGAAAAUAUUCUAAAUAUAGUGUACACUUAAACUGAUAUUGAUUUUGUCAGGUGGGCCUUUUUUUAGGUGACUAAAACAUGUUCUGUUGCUGACCUCCAACCACAGCAGUACAUUGUUGCUUCUGUACGGUCCUCCAGCCUGCUUCUCCAAACUGGUUGUGUGCCACCUGACAUCCACUGUAUCUAAUACACUGUCUAUGGAUAAGUACCUCAUUCAACCCUACUUAAAAAAAAUCUGAACUAUCCCUUUAAGUAAAAUUAUGAUUUCGAAUCACUGUUUUGACUUAGCAUGUUGUAAUUUUUACAUGCAUUGUCAUUUUUAAAUAUUUAUAUUUAGAAAAUCUCAUACUUGCAACUUGACUACAUUUGACAUACUGUUGUCAUUUUGACUGUAAAGUCAUAACUGUUACUUAGUAUCCCAUAAUAUUGACAUGCAUUUUUUGUACUUUUUUGACCUAACUUGUCCUUGAAACUUUCAUAAUGUCGAUGCAAAAAAAACCUUACUUUUCCAUAAUCCUACCUUGGUAAGUUAAAACUUUGACUUUGCAUGAAAGGUUUUAGUGUUGUGAAUCAUUACACACAUUUUCCCUCCUUUUAUUUUGGUUCAAAUGAGCUUCCAUACUAUUCAGAUAAAUUGUCAAUGUUUUCAGUGAUGCCACAGAAGAGAAAAAAAGAUGCAAAAGUUGUAUGUAUGUAAGUUGAACCACACUGGUGUUUAACUUUUUUGUUUUUCAGUCAUCAUUUACUAAAUUAGUGGUAGCAUUACAAACUAUAAUGCCCCCCUGUAUACUGCUAACAGAGCCCUCUCCCCUACCGUCCACUCUAUACUUACAUACCGGCCAUAGGUACUUCUCCACUACUGCGGAGCUCACAGUGCUGUACUUUUUGGGGGGAGCAGCUUUCUAAGGGGUUUGGUUUUUUAUUAUUUUUAUGUAAACCAUUUUUAUGCCAGCAAUGAAUAAUGUAAUUUAGGAAUGUAAUUGUAAGCUAUUGUAGUGAAAUGUUUUUAAUAUAUACAGUAUGUAUGUGACUCAGUCUGUACCUGUGGGCCUGUUGUAACUGGGGUUGGCUGCUACUUAGAUCGCACAAGGAAAUAUUUUGGUACUGUGUCUCAGAAUGCUGGGUAUUUAGCAUCAGCCUAGAAUAUAUUUUUGUAGUGAACUGAUUAAGAACCCUAAUUUGUUUUUUAUUUGUAACUUCACACUACAGAUUUCUUGUGGAUAAUUAUUACAUGUUUUUUUUCCCC